AUGGGAGAGACAAUUCGACUCGCAGUCGCACAAGCGUAUACCCUCUCCACAACACCCGAGACCCUUUCAGCGCUCGAGGACACUGUCAAGCAAGCCCGCCGCCAAUCUAUCGACCUCAUUCUCUUUCCUGAGGCAUAUCUCGGUGGGUAUCCGCGAACAGCAACAUUCGGCGCUGCUGUCGGGGCACGUGAACCCCACGGCCGCGAGCAGUUCCUACAUUAUUUCAAAGACGCGGUAGAUUUCGGUGACACGCCGGAGGGCUCAGGAAAGAGUUGGGUCGAGAGGCAGUUGGAGGCUCCCAAGAAAGGGGUAAGGGGAGAUGGCACAAGAGAGAGGCUGGAAAAAAUUGCAAAGGAGACAGGCGUGUUUAUUGUGACGGGAUGCGUGGAACGGUGUGGAGGGACGCUAUACUGCGCUGUUGUUUAUGUUUGUCCAAAAUCCGGUAUUUUAGGGAAGAGGAGAAAAGUCAUGCCGACAGGUAGCGAACGCCUCGUUUGGGGCCAAGGUCAACCGUCCUCACUCCGCGCGGUUACAACGACAAUUCGUGGGGUCCAUAUUACCCUUGCAUCGGCGAUAUGCUGGGAAAACUACAUGCCGUUGCUUCGACAAUCGCUUUAUUGCCAAAACGUCAACCUUUACCUUGCACCAACGGCCGACGCACGGGAUACAUGGCUACCACUCAUGCGGACGGUCGCUUUAGAAGGCCGAUGCGUGGUACUGAGUGCCAACCAAUGCAUGACGAGGUCAAAUUUGCCUAGUUGGGUCACUAACUACGACAAAAACAACAAGGAAUCUCCAGACGAGAAACAAAACCUAAACGGCGAUCCCCCAGCCCAUUCUCGGCUAAGGAGAAAGUCGACGAUCACCGAAGACGGCAAUGAAAUUAUUUUACCGGAUUUAGACGAGUCAGCACAUAGAUCGACCAGACCGACAGUUGAAAGACACACCCCGGAGUAUGUCUCAAGAGGAGGGUCAUGCAUUAUUUCUCCGCUUGGAGAGGUUUUGGCGGGGCCGCUCUGGGACGAUGAAAAUGGAUUGUUGACUGUCAACGUCGAUUUUGAUGACUGUCUUCGAGGCAGACUCGACCUUGAUGUUGCUGGGAGCUACUCCAGAAACGAUGCAUUCAAAUUAACAGUCGAAGGUCUCGACUUAAGUCCCCCUCCGUAA